AUGUCGGCGCUGCAUACUGGUUUGUACCGCGUGCCUUCAAGUUCAAUACCGAAGAGGAUACCAACAUAAGUACUGAAUUUCUGUACCAAAGCGAACUUCAACAUGGCCUCGCAAGAAGGAGAAGAUCGAACAACGGCUCCAGACAAGCGAAUAGCUCGUUAUGAUCAAUACUUUGAUUUGCGCACUUUUUCAACUACUCUCAAAAAAACAACAAAAUUAGCACCUAAAACCCAAAAGAAACAUGUUCUGCUUGUCCGACGGAUUAUUGAUUCCAGAGGUCGACAUGCAGCUACUGAAGUUGAUAUAAAGAGCCCAGCACUGGCAGAAGUGCUGAGGGAAAUCAACAGAGGAGUUGGUGGACUGACGUUGAACAGAAAUCCCCCUGUUGCUGACCCAAAAUUGUUCUUCUAUUCGCGAGUUGGUAUUCAAGAUAAACUAGACGCAGAGAACGCUAAAGAUGUCCCGGAUGAAGGUUUUAUCGCAGACCUCGAAGCGGCCAUGCAAUACAUCGCAGAGGAUCACUCACAGAACCUUACUGAGUACAAUUUGAUGACCUCCCAGCAGGAAAUUACAUAUGAACUUCUAUGGGCCCUUAUACCUCCAAACACGCUUGUGUAUCAUUAUCAUCAAUACACCGAGCAGCCUCAGAUUCUUCUUGCCAAAGAGGUCAACUAUUACUACCCCACGAACCGACCUUAUUAUGCUGAUGUCGUCUGCGACAUUAUUAGCAAUGACGGAAACUUCUUUGGGCUUGCGCAAGUCACUCUCGAAGUCGAAACUUUUACCGGGGCUCGAGUAAUACAGGAUCUGCCUGUGUUCCCACUUUCUUUUCACAAAGACGGGUCAGAACUCCGACAGCAUGCAUUGAAACGAGGAAGGAAAUUCGUAUCUAUGAACGAUUAUACAUAUCAUGAAAUCAGUGGUCCCGUCAUCCAGGAGCGGAUUACCCAACAGGAAGAAGUCAAAUGGUAUAAGAUUAACUCUUACGGCCGAGUGAUGAUAGAUCCUGUUGCAUUUCGCCGCUUCGAACCUAAUCGCAAGUUUAACUCCUCUGUCUAUCGGCGGCUUGAUCGUUCUGUUAUCACUGAUGAGCAGUUCAUGAUCUGCAAUCCCGUAGUUUACGGUUUUUGUUUCGGAAUCAAGAAGUGGGGUGGUUUCGCUAUGGACCGUUUACAAGACAUCGAAUGGUCUGACGAUCUCUACAAUUUCCUCGUUCUCGGACAAAAACAAAAGAUGCUCAUCUCUGCUCUCGUUCGACAACACGUUACCGACGAUAACCAAUUCGACGACUUCGUUCAAGGCAAAGGCAAAGGUCUGGUAGGGUUGUUAUCCGGACGACCGGGAUGCGGAAAGACCUUGACCGCUGAAGCCAUAGCGGAAAAAACACAUCGAGCACUGUAUGUUGUAAGCGCUGGCGAGCUUGGAACUCACCCCAAAGAAGUCGAUGAGCGACUUACUUUGAUACUUCAACUCGCUCAGACCUGGCAUGCAGUGUUGUUGCUUGAUGAAGCAGAGGUGUUCCUACAGCGGAGAGACUUCACCGACCUUGCAAGAAAUGCCCUGGUUUCGAUCUUUCUGCGGCAAUUGGAGUAUUAUCACGGUGUCCUUAUACUGACUACGAAUAUGAUCAAUCACAUAGACCCCGCGUUUGAAAGUCGAAUCCAUUUCUCCAUACAAUAUCCCGAUCUCGACUUCGACGCACGAAAACUUAUCUGGAAAACAUUUUUCACCAAAGUCAUGGACCAAUCGAAUUUCAUCAGCCCGGAGGAUUUGGAUCGUCUUGCAGGGUAUCAACUUAAUGGACGCCAGAUCAAGAACAUGGUCGGUAGCGCACAGGCCAUUGCAUUGGACAGAAAUGCUCCGUUGACCGUGGAGCACGUAGACACUGUCUUAGACGUGGUAAACAGCUGGAAUUCUGAAAGCUCUAUGUCUUCUGAACACCUCUUGGACGUUGGCUCGAGUCAGUCUAAGGAGAAUGGACAAAUUGAAGAAGAUCUCUUAUUCUAGAUUUACAUAUGCAUAUUACAGUAUAAACCCAGGACUUGUAGGAUUGUGAUAUACGAUUUGCCGUCAUUCAGUGUUUCGUGGGUGUUCACUACAAAAUGGAAUAUCUUCUAGCGCCU